GGUCACGUCUCCACCAGUGGCUUGGUGCAAUUUCUCGGCCGAGCGGAGGAAGAGGACAGCGUGAUAGUCCAGGUUUUGAAGAGGCAGGGGGCGAUUCCGUUUGUGAAAACCAACGUCCCUCAGAGCAUGAUAAACUACGACUGCAGCAACUUGAUCUUCGGCCAGACGGUGAAUCCGCUGAACCACCAGAAAAGCCCCGGCGGCUCCUCCGGAGGGGAGGGGGCGCUGAUCGCCGGAGGAGGCUCCAUCCUGGGCUUUGGGACAGAUGUCGCCGGAAGCAUCCGCCUGCCGUCCAGCUUCUGCGGGCUGUGCGGGCUCAAGCCGACGGGCAACAGGCUGAGCACCCUUGGUCUCGCCAGUCCGAUAGCCGGCAUGAAAUCAGUUACAGGAAUGGUUGGGCCAAUGGCGAGGGACGUGGACAGCCUGGCUCUGUGCAUGAGAGCGCUCCUAUGUGACGACAUGUUCCGCCUGGACCCCACCGUGCCACCCCUGCCCUUCAACGAGGAGGUGUACUCCAGUUCAGCCCCUCUUCGGAUCGGGUAUUACGACGGAGACGGCUAUUUCCAGCCCUCGCCCAGCAUGAGACGGGCUGUGCAGGAAACCAAAAAGCUUCUCCAGGAGGCAGGGCAUACGGUCAUCCCUUUUACCCCCUCUCGGAUUGAUUACGUGGUGGACGAGCUUUUCACCAGAGGCCUCUUUUCUGAUGGAGCUGCAAAUCUGUUGGACAAAUU